GACAAUCCUUCUUCUUACAGUCAUCUGAAGCGAAAACUUGACCGAGAGGUGCCUUGUUUGGCACAAAUAACCGAAUUUGUCGACGAGUUACCACUGCCAGCUUUCGAGGCACUGCCUGGAGCCUUCAACGAUACUGUGAUUAUAACGUUCACGCGCGUGGAAGAUCCGGAUGUAGAGGUGUUCUCGAGUAAACCGCCACAGCCCCCACCGUUGAGCGAGAACUUUGAACUGUAA